AUGGCCACAGAGCAGACAAGGGAGCCGCACGGCUCGGGUCCGGCCCCCCGCCCCCAGGAGUCCCGUGUGGCUCCCAAGAGUGGUGCCGAGGGGCUCCCCUUGACCAGGAGGAGGAGCAAGAAGGAGAAGGGGCCACCAGGAUCCUGGAAGGGCACUGGCAGCUCUGGGGUACAGACCCCUAGUCAGGGCCCUGAGGUCCUGGGGAGCGGCCAGAACCCACCCAGGACCAGAGAAGGGCAGGCGGGGCCAGUCUCUGCAGCCCAGGGGCCCCCCCGUCGCCGCCAGUCCCACCGCCCGCGUCGCCCCUGCUCCCAGCAAGAUGCUGCCCAGGAGACCUAUGGGCCCCUGCUUAGCCGCCUCUUCGGGAAGGAUCGCACGCUGGGCCCGGAGGAGCUGGAUGAGCUGCAGGCGGCCUUCCAGGAGUUCGACCGCGACCGGGACGGCUACAUCGGCCACCGCGAGCUGGGCGCCUGCAUGCGGACGCUGGGCUACAUGCCCACCGAGAUGGAGCUCCUGGAGGUCUCCCAGCACGUGAAGAUGCGCAUGGGCGGCUGCGUGGACUUCGAGGAAUUUGUGGCGCUGAUAGCCCCGAGGCUGAGGGAGGAGACGGCGCACAUGCUGGGGGUUCGGGAGCUGCGCGUCGCCUUCCGAGAGCUGGACAGGGACAGGGACGGACGAGUCAGCGUGGCGGAGCUGCAGCAGGCAGCACCCGCCCUGCUGGGGGAGCCGCUGGCCGGGCCCGAGCUGGACGCGAUGCUCCGGGAAGUGGACCUCAACGGGGACGGCUCUGUGGACUUUGAUGAGUUCGUGAUGAUGCUGUCCAUCCCCUGAGGCUGGAAGGCGGAAGGCUCGAGGGCGGAAGACACGCUGUCCUGUGGCCCAGAUCCCA